AUGCCCCUCUUCGGCCACCGCGACUCCAUGUCCUCCUCCUCCCAUUCAAGCAUCGACGACCCAAACACCCACACCCACCGCCACAAGUCCUCCGGCGGGCUCUUCGGCCACCGCGGCUCCCAAUCCAGCGGGUACAGCAGCGACGGCGCCGGAUCUAGUUCACGUCACAGCGGCACAUACGGGCACGGCCAUGGCCACGGCCACGGCCACGGAGCCACCACAACCACGCGCAGCCACGGCGGACUCUUCCGAAGCAAGCACACCGAGGACCCAUCCAUCACGGCCGCGCGCGAACGGGUCUUACACGCCGAGGAGGCGGAACGGGCCGCUGACAAGGCGCUUUAUGCGAGUCGGCUGGCGGUGCAGGAGGCGCGGAAUAAUGUGAGGGGGUUGGAGAGGGAUGCGAAGGAGGAGGCGCGUCUCGCGAAGUUCAAGCAGAAGGAGGCGAAGGAUAUCUCCAAGAGGGUGAAGCCGCUUGGUCGUGAGUUACACUCUUUCCUCUGA